AUUCGGUGAGAAAGACAAGUUUAUGACGCCGAAUCGGAAUCUCGAUGAAGUAAAAUAUGAGAAGAAAGUGUUUCCGUUAGAGGAGUUGCACAACAAACCGCAGACAGUGAACAGUGAUAUGGCCAAUUUGGCCGAAGAAACGCUCGUGGGAUUAGAUGUGGCAGAUCCCCCGGUUGUGCGGAGAAGGAGAAGGAGAGGUACAAGUAGCACCGAAACCGGAGACGACUCUAAGGCAGAACAGGAUAAUUCAGAUACGGAUAGCAGUAACCAAUCGGAUGAACCAGUUAAUGACGACGACAACAACGAGACAGACAGUGAGGAUGAACAUGAGGGUCAUGCGCAUGGGAGGGGGAAAG